GUGUAUGCUGGAAUAGUACACCUCUUCUUACAACCACAAUUACAAUUCCAAACAAUUUCAAUCCUUUUUUAACUAAUUCAAAUAGUUAUUUCGGAUAUAUCAAUCCAUCAUCAUUAAUAACAAACCCGUGGUUUACCGGUCGACCAAAAUUUGUAUCAACUGGAAAUGGACGAUGUUCGUUUUUCUGA